CCCAAAUUCUCGCGAUAUAUAGCCCAGAUAUAUUAGGCGGGAUGGGGGCUCUUCGUCCACUUGGAGGGGCGUUGGGUUUCUUUGAGGGUAUCUUGGUGAGGGCUGUCUGGAACAUUUAGGGUCUGACCUCUACUCCACGAGGAGGAACUUGAAAACAUGUCGGACGCGGUGGUUAGCUUCAUUAAGGACUUUUUGGCUGGUGGCAUUGCUGCUGCCAUUUCCAAGACAGCUGUUGCUCCAAUUGAGAGAGUAAAGUUGUUGCUCCAGGUCCAACAUGCCAGCCAACAAAUCACAAAGGAAAUGCAGUACAAAGGGAUCAUGGACUGCGUCAGGAGGAUUCCCAAAGAGCAAGGCUUUAUCUCCUUCUGGAGAGGCAACCUGGCCAAUGUGAUUCGUUACUUCCCCACCCAAGCCCUCAACUUCGCUUUCAAGGACAAGUACAAGAAGAUCUUCCUUGGAGGAGUGGACCAGAAGACGCAGUUCUGGCGUUGGUUCGCCGGUAACCUGGCAUCCGGUGGUGCGGCCGGUGCCACUUCUCUUUGCUUCGUUUACCCACUUGACUUCGCCAGAACCAGGCUCGCGGCCGACAUCGGAAAAAGCGGAGCUGAGAGAGAGUUCAGCGGUCUUGGCAGCUGUCUCAGCAAAAUCUACAAAGCCGACGGUAUCAAGGGCCUGUACCAGGGAUUCAACGUGUCUGUCCAGGGCAUCAUCAUCUACAGAGCUGCUUACUUUGGAGUCUAUGAUACAGCCAAGGGUAUGCUGCCCGACCCCAAGAACACGCACAUCUUCGUCAGCUGGAUGAUUGCGCAGAGCGUCACCGCAGCCGCGGGUAUUAUUUCAUACCCCUUUGACACCGUCAGACGUCGUAUGAUGAUGCAGUCAGGACGCAAAUCAGCGGACAUCAUGUACACUGGCACAAUCGACUGCUGGAAGAAGAUCGCCAAGAACGAGGGAGGCAAAGCCUUCUUCAAGGGGGCCUGGUCCAACGUGAUCCGAGGCAUGGGUGGCGCCUUCGUCUUGGUGCUCUACGACGAGAUCAAGAAGUACACAUAAACAUUCACAACUCCAUAGGAAACCCUUCACCACAUGUCUUAAUUGGAUCAUAUAAUGAUAACAGCUUGGGUGAAUUAUCGGGGUAGAUGUGUAUUCUAUUGAGCCAGCCCAGGAGUUGGUUGCUAGUUAUCUUUCUCGCCAGUGUAUUUGGUCAUGUGAGUAACGCACCGACUCUGAAACCUGUAUAUAUCUUAACCAAGAUGUACAGAAAAACGCACAUCCAGGCCUGCCAGUUGACUGUCAAACUGGUCCAGAAAAGGGAUUUUUCCAUUUAAUUACAUGCCUACUGCAAACAAAGAUUCAUCCACUCUCCUCAGUUCUUUCUUUCUCUCAUUGUAAGCCAAAUGAAUGUACUCUUCACAGCAGCUGCUGUCUUCCAAGGGCCUUAUGUUCAUGUGUUGUGUCAUAUCUCAUGUCCCACAAUAAACAUUAUUUUAAUAAGAAUAAAGAUGAAAAUACCUACUAA